AAAGAAGUAGAAGUACUAGGACGCACUCGGUGCGAAGCGUGACAGACAAGUGUGAGAAGAGAAGAGGAAGGCAGAAGAGAAAGAAGGGGAGCAGAGGACGGUGCAGCCCUCUGUACUCAUGGACCAGCGGGAUAUUUAACCACUCGCCAGGGGAGCGCACAGACACCGCAGUCCAUGCCUCUGCCUUGCCAGGUCAUUGAUGGGAAAUCAACUGGAUCGGAUCACCCACCUCAACUACAGCGAGCUGCCCACGGGGGAUCCGUCCGGGCUGGAGAAGGACGAGCUUCGGGUCGGCGUCGCCUACUUCUUCUCUGACGAAGAGGAGGAGGUGGACGACCGCACUCCGUCCGACUGCGGCUUCACCAAGGACCACAGCCCGGCCGAGGAGGGACCCUUCUCGGUCAGCGAGGUGGAGUACUCGGCCUUCUGCUCCCAGGAAUGCAUCUUCUCCAAGCUGCGGGAGAACGAGGACCUGAACGUGUACUCGGCCAAAACUUUGCUGACUAUGUGCAAACCGGGCGACCUGCUGGAGCUGGUGGCCACCGCGCAAGCCCCCCACUGGGCCAUCUACGAGCAGGACGACCAGGUGAUUCACCUGCACAAGGGCGAGAUCCGCAAGGACAGCCUGCUUGAGGUCAGCAACGGCCGCCACGGGAGGAUAGUCAACAAUCGGUACCGGUACCGGCCGCUUCCCCCCGACCUGGUGAUGCAGAACGCGGUGGGACACCUGGGCCUGAGCAGCGAGGAGAUAUGCUGGACCAACUCGGAAAGUUUCGCAGCCUGGUGCCGCUUUGGGAAACGGGAGUUCAAAGCCGGGGGAGAGGCGCACUCAGCGGAGCAGCAGUAUUUCCUCAAAGUGCAUCUGUCCGGCAGCGGGGUGCACACUCUGGUCUUUCGCAGCCUGGAGGACAUGAUCCGGGAGAGGAGGCGAGUGGACGCCAGUGGAAUUCUCAAAGAGCUGUCUUUGGUCAACGGGGGCAAGGAGUGAUCAGGGAUUCCGUUUGAUAUCCGCUCCUCCACUCCCCCACCCCCUACCCCCUCCUCCUCCUCCUCCUCCUCCUCCUCCUCCCCCCCUACGGCUGCCUCUCCUCGCCAAAACGCGCACGGACGCACCGUUUCUGGCGCGCACACACGAACGUACUCCUCAGCGCACACAAGCACACGGACGCGCGCACGUGCAAGAAGGAAAGGAAGGACCUGUUGGCUCCGGACUGGUCUUGUUUUGUUGCGUCUGGACCACAGAGGCGCUCUGUGGUGGAUUUUUUUUUCCUCCCGUCAAAUUUCGGGAGAGUGUUGGAGAAAAAAAAAAAAACUGAAACGAGAGCGGCCAUACAAACAGACAACGCCCCUUCAGAUUUAGACUCCUCCGCUGAGUGGUGGUGGUGGUGGGAGGGGGACACGGGGGGACGCACGACCUCUACUCAAAUCCCAUUGCCCCGACAAAAACGCGAAAUCACCUUUACAGACCAGCACAUAGCGCACACGGCUCGGUUUGGUUUUCUGUUUUUAAUUUCUCGGGAUAAUGGAAUUGGCCCCUUCCUGCUGCGGCAGAACCAGACGGUGAGACCGGGAGAGAGAUGUGUGUGGUGGUGAUGUGUGGGGGGGUUACAGAUGAAAAGAUAGGAUCCGGGAUGGCUCUCGAAAAAAGUCUCCCUUAUAUUUUUUUACUGUUAGCUUUAAAAAAUAAAAAUAAAAAAAAAAAGACCGAGACUGACCAUAACACACAGAUCCAAGCCACUAAUCCAUAGACGGUCCCUGAUGGCUACGCAGUUGCCUAAACAAACCAUUUUUGGCUUGUAUGAGCUCUCCUUUUUUUGCCAUAACAAAGAGUAUUGUCAUUUUUCCACAAUGCUGUCAUCCUGCUCCACAGCACCGGAUGUAUGUGUGAAGAAAAAAAAAAAUUGUAUUCAUACAUUGAUUUCAAUUAUGAGUCCCCUUAUUUUUGUAUUUAAGUUUAGUGGAAUUGAACCCUGAUCUCUCUUUUGUUUUUGGUUUCAAAAAUAAACGGAGGUUGGAAUAUGGAGAAGAAAAAAAAAAACAGAAAAGAAACAACC